AUGGACACUCUUGACAACACCCACUGGGACGUCGUGAUCGCAGGCACCGGCCUGCAGCAGUCCCUGCUCGCCCUAGCAUUGUCUCGCUCGGACAAGAAAAUACUCCAUGUCGAUCAGAAUCCCUAUUACAGCGGCUCUGCAGCCGCCUUUAGCAUACCAGAAGCUGAAGAGUGGGUAGCAAAAGUCAAUCAUGGCGUUUUCCACGCGGCCUUCGCUGAGGCAUCCAUCCACGAGCCAGAGCCCUCUGAGUCGGAUUCAGCCGCGCUAUCGCGAAAACCCGGGAGGCAAUACAACCUGGCGCUCGCCCCUGAGAUCAUAUACUCCGGUUCAGCGUUCAGGCGUUACCUAGUCACCUCGCAGGCCCACCAUCAGGUUGCGUUUCUUCCUGUCGGUAGUUGGUGGGUGCACUCUGCAGAUGGCACGAAUGGGAAGGAGACUGGUAGCCUUGAGAAGGUACCCAAUACACGAGAAGACCUGUUUGGAAACAAUACCCUUGACUUCCCGGCUAAGCGUAAGCUCGUCAAGAUCCUUCGCUUCAUUCUGGAUUACGAAAAUGAUGAUGAGAAGGUCAAGUGGGAACAGUACCGAGCGUCACCUUUUUCCGACUUCCUCUCAGCCGUCUUCAAAGCCCCAGCCGUCUUGUCUACACCCCUACUUGCUCUCACUAUGUCAACAAAGAGCCUUGAAAGUGUGACCACCGAAUACGCUUUGCCUAGGAUCGCCCGGCACUUAAGGUCAAUCGGCACAUUGGGCAAGUUCAGCGCGCUCAUCCCCAAGUAUGGUGGUUUGGACGAGUUUUGCCAGGUCGCCUGUCGUGCGUGCGCCGUUGGAGGCGGAGUGUACGUCUUGGGAAACGGUCUCUCCACCUCGAGUGGCUUUGUGUCGACCGUACAGAUUCCCGUCGAAAGCCCGUCGGACACAGAAAAGGACUUGGCAAACUCCAAUCCGGUCAGCAGAGACGGCUCAGCAGUGCGCCAGAACAUGACUGCAAUGACAAAUCAUGUAUCCAGUGUAAGGCUCCAUCUGAAAGAUGGUGAAGCUAUCACUGCGCGUUGGGUGGUGGCCGAAAGCGCACGAGACCAGGCAGAAGGCUCUCUUUGCAAGUCAGUCAGCAUUGUGUCUUCAGCCCUAUCGAAACUAUUCCCGCCUGUUAUGGUGGAAGAGAGACCGUUUCAACCAGGGUCUGCCAUUCUAAUCUUCCCCUCGGGCUCUUUGUCCUUGCCAGAUGAGUUGGAUGGGCAUCAAGGUAUUCCUCCUGUCCACGUUCAUAUCCACUCCAGCGAGUCAGGAGAAUGCCCCGCCGGUCAGUGUGUACUGUACGCAUCCACGAGCUUGAGCGGCAAGCGAGGCUUCGAGCUUCUCAGCCAUGCAACAUCUCUCCUGCUAUCUAGUGUUGAUGUUUCGCCAUCGCCGAGGAUCAUCUGGUCCAUGCAGUACGAACAGCGUGCGAUGCCUUCCAUGGAGCCGUUACCAUUGCUAGAUGGUGCGGAAACUCACUUUCUCGGUCUACCUCCUUUACCACUAGAUCUCGUCGUUGACGAUGUCGUGUUCGACCGUGUACGAGCAAUAUGGCAGACAAUCACGAACGAAGAACCUGAGCAAUUCUUAGUGUUUAAGGAUAGGGAAGCCGAGGAUGACGACUUGUGA